AUGACGCUCUAUCACGCUUACGCUCCCAAUCCGACGAACCGCAAGAACAACAUUGGCGAAAUGCAGACGGAGCUGAGCACAAACAUGAAGCUCAGAACGUCAACGACUUUACUGUCAACACUCUGGCACGAUCGCGUCAAUGCAGACUUUGAGAUUGUUUGCGGAGCGUACAGACUCAAGGUGCAUAAACUCUUGCUUCGAAACUACUCCGACGCGCUCGCUCGAGUUGCAGACAACAAAUCAUUCAAGGAAGGCAAAGCUGGACGGCUCACACUACUUCCCAACCCGUAUCAGAAGAAGGAUCACGACCCGAACGAAGGCGAUGAUCCUGAAAUGGUCCGGGAAAUGAUACACUUCUUCUACCACCUCGAGUUCUCCGACAUCAACAAGAUCAAGACGACUCCUAAGGCUUGCGAUCUCCUCUUCUUGGCGCGGAUGUGGACGAUUGCCGACAAAUACUUCGUUGACGAAUUAAAGAAGUAUGUGGUGACGCUGUUCGAAGGGAUCGCCAACGCGUUUCGUGAGAGUUCGACGACACACGACUGCAUGAACGACGAUUUCGAGUCCACACUGAGAUACGUUUACGCCAAUCCUGAUGACGAGCUGUUCGAAAUUCAAGGUCUGCAGCUCGUACUGGCAAAAGUCCUUGCCGAUAUGGAUGCGCGAAAAUGCUUCGCUACGGACGCACUGUAUGUCGAUGUUGAUGGACAGCUUAAGCACACCAAUGGCCGCUUCAGAAAUUGGAUCAGGGAUAUACCGGAGCUGGCAGCGCAUAUCUGCCUCAUCCAAGGUGGAGGCGUUUGA